GACGUACUCUCGCUCACAGUAUAGACUGGGAAAUGGAUGAAAAAUAGCUUCGAAGAAACCCCGCGUGACAGGAUGAUCUGUAUCUGUUGUUUAUCUUGUUGUACUUUAUAGGGGCCUGCUGUCCUCUGUUGAGGAAUCCACGUUCAUCUACUUAUCUCACGAGACCACUGGUCUACAACAGUCUCUACGAAAAGAAGGAAGUAAAUACAAGAUGACAGACCUCCAAGACAAUGAGCAACAUGCUGGUUAUGAUGAGCAUGAAGAUGGGCUAGUCCAACGUCACGUUCCUCAGAAUCGCCUCUCUGCUUCCGGUGGGGCAGAGCCUGAACCGGAAGGCGAGGAUCCGCACUCUUCUGCUGUGCCUGGACGAACUAGUGUUCUUCGCGAGAAUACUGUGGGCGCAACUGCCGCACAACAAGAGCAAACAAAUUGUCCUGGUGGAAGAGGUAGGGGCAAUAGUGUUUUUAUCGUGAGUAAUCCUAAUCCUGAUGUGCGUGUGCCCAGUACAGGAGGAGUAACAGGGGGAGUUGCAUCAGCGGCAUCGAGCAGCCGUCGCAAUGUGCGACACCCGCCGACGCCCGAAAAGCCGAUGCUAGUACUGGGUGCUGUGUCUUCGGAUGAGACGUCGGAAUCCGACGAUCGGGAGUCUUCGGUGGGUGACGUGAUGAGUGAAGCAGGUCGGAGCGGUGUUCCUGACGGAGUUUGCUCCAACUCGUCUUCACGGACUGGCCAGCACUCGAGGGAGCGUGGUAGAGGAUAUCCCUCCAAUAAUGCACGUGGUCGUCGUGAGCGACCAGGAGAGCGCAGAAGAAUGGGAGGUGGUGCGUCUGCUUUCUCUAGUAGGGCUCCACCUGGCCGCGGGCAACGCGAGCGGCGGUCUCGCAGCAACAGAAGGGAGAACCUACUGGAUCGCACACUGAGUGGCUCCGGUUCCGGAAAGCCGCCAAGGUCAAAAGGGAAGCUUUGUUGCUAUGGACUUCAAGCUGGCGCGUUGCUUGCUUGCCUAUGUCUGCUGUCCUGCGUUGCGUACCUCCAGUACAUGGAUAUGCAGGAACGAAACCGCGUUCCCAUGGUUGACCGGAAUUCGCCGUCCUCGCUCCUCGACGGACCGCCUGGCACGAACCCGAGAAUCUCUUCCUCGGCAGGGGCCGCUACUUCUCUCGCGUCGGCAAACGUGCCAGUGCGCGCUGUAUCAACAGGGCAACAAGGCCACGGAACAACAACGUCACGUGAUGUUCAGUUACUAGGACAUCAUGCUCGGCAGCAGACGAAUGUCACAGCGCGAACUUCUGAUGGCGGACCACUACCGCUCCCUGGAUCUCCGCUAUUAAGAAGUCGCUCCAAUGGUACUAGCGCGCAACAGGGAAAUUUCCAUUUGGGUGAGCAGCCAUUCUUCGGGGACGAGCAAGCAAAAGGUUGGAGGGGAAGCGAUGCACUGUCUCGCGGUUUACCGUUGAUCUAUGCCGACGCGGAUGAUGCAGAAAUGGCCCAACGUCUUCGGGCUUUGCGAAAUCUAGGCUUUGUAUCUCCCGCUCACAGUACACGUGCGAGCCGGCGAAGCGCUCGCGCGCAUUCGACUACGCGCGGGUUUUCAGCGGGUGCACCCCCGGUUCUGCCGUUGGACAGUAGACGUGGGAGCAAUUCUGACAUGCCUGAUUGGCGGGGAAGCGCUGAGAACACAUGGCUGCCUGGAGGUGAGCAGCCGUGGAAGCGCCGUGUGUCCUCCUCGUCCCGCCAUUCUGGUGCGUCGAUAGGCGUGCGACGUCGCAGCUACAGUGGCGUGAAUACACGGGACGAACGUGAUGAGCAGAGGAAACGGAGAGUCUCGCACAACAAGAACGGAAACUCUGACCCGCUGCACCGUCGCGACAGUGAUUUAUACUCCGGGUCUUCGGGAGGUGCGUUUUCCCGACGAGGAUCAAGUCGCGGACCUCGGCUCAGCUCUGGACGCUUUGCCAGUGGACAGCGCGGUGAUAUCGGAGGGUCGUCGUACAACGGGACGUCGUCCUCAGAGGAUUUUUUUUGGGAGUCUUCCUCGGGUGGUGAUGGCGAGAGCGAUGGCUUUGAUCCCGAUAGUGACUCUGAUGCAGGUCCUGUUCUUCAGCAUACCGCGCUGCCGGAUGAGCACAUGAUUCAUCAAAAGGUCUUGCCGCCGAUCGAGACCUCGUCUGGGACGAGGCAAAAAGGACGCCGGUUUUCUUCGGGCCAGAAGCAUGAGCGCGCCCCGGGGCAACCUCGGGGCUCCACAGAAUCGAAGCAGGGACGCUAUUCGUCAACCUCGCAGCGACAGGGGCGAGGAUCGUCGUUCUAUCAAGAGAGUGCGGGGGACAAGUCUACGACGGUGGCUCAGGAAGAGUGGGACUCGGAGGCCGCCGACAAAGACAACGACGACGCUUUCAAAAGUGGUGAUGAGAGUGUAGCUGGGUCAGCACGUGGUGGCGGGGGGACGAGGAAAAAACCACCAACAGUCACUAAAAAGCGGAGCAGGACGCAAUACGUGAACCAACGUUCGAAGAAAACAACAUCAAAUGUGAUCAAUAACAGCUAUUACACGAUUCAGCAUGUUGCAGAUCCCUCAGACGCUGGUCGCUUCUUUUUCGGAGCGCCGUUUGCUGCGAGUGGAGGUAAGCCAACCUCUGCGGGUGCUGCCGGCAGAGAUGAGGGAAAUCAUAACACAAGAAGUAACGAUCACGAUGGCAUGAGAAGAACUAAGAGUGAGGACGAAGAUGAAGAUCGUGGUCGUGUUGAACAAGAAACAAGUACGACUACGCGGAGUGAGCAGAAACAGAAAGCAGCGCGCGGCACACCUGCAUCGAGUGAAGCGGUAGUUCUGGCGAAUCAAAAUCAAGAAGGACGACACCCGGCAGUGACACGACCAGUUAUAGGGCCGCCCGAUCUGGAUGAUCAUCAAACAACGUCGCAGUCAUUGUCUCUCGUGCCGAUUGUCGGAGUAGGUGCUUCGAAUGCGCACCAAGUUCUAAUAGGCGGAUUGGACGAAAGGAAAGAGCAAGUAGCACUAGAAGGUCCACCACCACUAAAGGCUAUCACAGACGGAGCAUCUGUUGAUGCGAAAUCGGUCGCGCAAGAUACGGCGCUGCUUGCCAUGGAAAACUGGCAGCGGCCAGGACAGUUGUCGCUCGCUGUCCCGGUUGCGAAAGCUGUCGCAGGUGAAGAUGGCGUCGUCGUGACAAAGUACUUACCUUGUUAUUUUACUUUUUCGACUGUCAGUGUCAGGUAUUUUGUGGUAGCAUGAAGAUGACUGAUCUUGUACAUGUGGGAGAUCUUCUAGAUUACGGAUUUGGUCGAACAGGUAAAUAUAUCAAUGAAUGAGUCAUGUUUUAUUGUCUUCAGAGCAGAAGAAGAAGUUACUUUCUUAGAAUGUUGCAGAUGAGGAUUUCUUUCACUUUUCCUUGCUUUGGUUUUCUUUUGACUCAUCAUGUUUUUUUCGACCGACCACUGACCAGGUCAGUCGACGACAUCUUCAACGUUACAAGUGGUAGUAGUCCAAACCUAAAGACUUUUCUGGCUUUGCAGGAUCUUGACAGGACCAGGCUCCCUGCAAACUCGGAAAUUAACGUCGAUGUUGGAACUAGUGAAGAUGUUGCAGUGAUGCAGUCAGUCCCUUUGCUGAACGCGUAUGAUCCUGAUCUGAACGAGAAAGAUGUUCAUGCGGUCAAUCAAAAGGCAGUCCCAAUUAACAAUGCUGGCAUGUAUGAAGGGACUGUUGGAGCGAGCGCGGGAGUAGGUGCUGGAAUACCUUUGGUGGGGGAGAUGAUGAAGGCUACAGAUUUAUUGCAUGAACCAGAAAACGACGCAGGGGAGCAGCCGACUCGUCCGGUAGAAAAAGAAACUGCAGAUGAAGGCGAAAUGGCAGACGAGAGCGUGAAGACAUCAAACAUGGCAGCUGAUUUAGAAGAUAGUGAUGCAAAGCCAAGCACAGAAAGAUCGGAGAACGUGGCGGAAAAGAAUGCUCAAGAAGACCACCCAGUACAUAUUGACGCAGGAAACGAUAUCAACUCAGUUAUCUUUACCUCUGAUACGGAGCAGAAGACAUCGGCGAUAGAAGAAGAUAAGCAGCUGCGGAACGAGGAGGCAAUGAAGAAACCACAAGAAGAAGAGUAUUCACCCGAGGAGGUCAUAAGAACUGAACAGGUGAGGGAUCAACUCGAGAUAUCUACAGAUUCUUCGGCAAUGGACGUACCGCAGGAACGUGUUUCAGACCUGCUUCGUGACAUAGCCGGUCUUAGAAAGGAGAUUCCCUUGAUGCUUGGCUCUUUGAAGACUUAUGCGCAACUAGUUGUGCGCUUGCACGAUGGCGCAGUAAAACGCAAGAAAGUAGCUGGAAGUCGCAGCUCUCACCCCACGCGCGUCGCACGCCGCGCAUUGAAGGCUUUCGAACCAGUGGAUUUGGGAGAUCCUCUUCAACCAGUAGGGUCAUUAGACAAAAGUAGCGAGGAAGUUACCGGCAACAAGCACACUAGGAAGAAGUCAAAGUCUACGGCUCAUCAAUCUCAAUCUUCGUUGAACGAUAAAGACAAGAAAACUGUCUUCGUGAACGGAGACCGCUCAAUAGAGGUGUACGCGCCGGUGAUGCCGACGCCUGAGCUGGUUUUGGACCGCCUAGUGGACCUUUUUGGAGUGGAUGGAGCAGCCAAGAGCGGUGAUUUGCAACCCCCAAGGAUUGCUGGCACCGGCACCGUGUCAUCUGCGCUCUCGAUGGCCAAGCACGAGCACCAAAGUGCAGGAGGUGCGGAGAAGGAGGGUGCUUCCAAGAAAGGAAAAACGAGUAAGGCGAACAGGGAGGAGGAACUGCAGACGGAAUUGACAUUCUUGCGGUCACGGCGUAUGGUCGCAGAGCUGACGAUGCAAAAGCUGUGGUUGUUCAUUUCGAGCCGCAUAGGCCACUUUCGUUUCGAUCUACGAGCUGAUUUCUCGGUAAUGCAGCCGCGCACGACCCCCGCGCCGAAACCCCAUCGAGCUUCAGCAUUUUUCUUUGGUGGCGGGGCGCCAGCUCCAGAAGAACCAGAAACGAUUACGUACCAACAUGCACUAAAAUACGAGUGCGACUUUUUAGGCGUGAAGCCGCAUGUUUUGCAAGCACCACCGAGUUCGUCCAUUGAGUUUUCUUCCGAGGAGACGGGUUUAUCAAGAGAAGAAGGCACGGCAACUACGGCCACUAGUCACGAGAAGAAUGCUGGAGGUCCGUUCGCUGCGACUUUCGGAAUUACUCGUCCCGAUUUUCGCCGACCUGAGUCUGCCCUGGCGAGCUUGGGGCGGGCACCCAUGCCUGGCCAGCUUACGACCACGGAAAUUAGCGAGGCCACUGAGGAUUCGCCUUGUGACGCCAGGAAUCUGACGACAACUUCAUCUGGCCCUCGUAGAGAAGAUGGAUCUACUGCAGCUGCAUGCAAGGCAGUCGCGGGCGAGCGAGCAAAUUGCAAAGGAACGUUACCGCUCGGAAGAACUAGGAGCAGAGGUGUGCCAGGGUCUUCUUCCUCUUCGUCGAAGCUUACCGCGGCAAAGCUGCAGAGCCGAAAUGCGCCGAACGACAGCAAAGAGGGAUGCGCAGACUCCGCAACAGAUGCUGAUUUUAAGUCAGCGCGAGGAUCUUCCAAGUGCUCGAAUGCCAGCGCCCGAAGUGAGGACUCAGAGCAAGACUAUGACUCGUCUUCCACCUAUCAUUUGGAAAAAAGUCGAAGCGGAGGUAGCAGAUCGGUAUCAGAUCGGCGCGUUACGCAGCUCGGUAUGAGUGCUAUUUUGGAACGCAGCCAUGAAUCCGAGCUCGACUCGCUGAGGCUAUCGCGAACGACGGCUGGAGGCGCAGAAAAUGCGCGCUCGCAAUUGGACAUCAGUGCCGCUCUGCGCGAGAUCCUGGCAGAGCAUGAACAUACAGAAGGUUUGAAUCCGGUAACGCCAUUAUCAAGUAAAAACGUUGAGAAGAGUACUGUCGGCGCUUCGAGCGGCUCCACAACGCCAUCGGGCACUAACCAUCUCCGCGAGUUUGGUCCCACGACCACGCGGAAAAAAGAUAUAUUGGAUGGAGGCGAUGAAGGACUUGCUGCCCUGCAACCAUUAGGACAGGCAGUGGGAAUUCGAAACGAGGAGUCCGAAAACGAGGUAGAGAGGGUGAGCCGCGCAGAAGGAACGAGCAUAGCGAAGCAACAACGAUUGCUAGAGCAAGCGGUAGGCACAAAGGCUACGGGCUUCGGGCGUGAGGCAUCGUGGGCAUCAGACCUUUACAUACCAACAGGGGACGAAAGCUACAUGCCACACGUCAACUACUCGGAGCUGGAGCAAGCUGGUACCACGCCUGGUUCGUCCCCUUCCUCUUCUCCGGUGCCGCGACCGCCGAACACGUCUCUAGCGAGCAACUUCGAUGGCGGCGACGCUGACUCGGCAAUAUCUGGCUCACCUAUGAUCAAUCGCGGCCUCUAUAGUGGGAAGUCUGCUUCUCGAAACAAGAGGAAGUCAAGUAUGGCGGACAACAGCUCGCCACCAUCCGUGAAGAGAUUUUACAUCGGCGACGAUGUCGUACCUGGUGCGGGAGAUGGGAGAAAAGACGCGUACCCCGCGGGUUCUGGAUCUGAGUUCGAGGGAAUUUCACCAGCGGGGUCGGAAGCUGGGCUCACGCAAGAACCUGCAUUUCUGGACGUUCUCGCUGGCGGCACAGUUCUGAAAGGCGACGCAGGUAGUGCGUCAUCGCAGCAUCGUCGAAAUACGGUGCGACGACGUCGAGGCAGUACGACCUCUGGAGACGAGCACUCUUCAUCGGCAACAGUUACAACCACGCCUUUUUUCUUAGGUAGAAACGAACCUGAGACGACGACAACGACAGCAGCGCCUUUUGUAUCUUGCCUGUCGACGUCUUCAACGCCUCAUCCAGCUCUAACGAGUUCGCCGGAGGCUCCCCUGAGUCCAGGCGGAAAUGGAGUAGGAGAAAUGAAUGUGCAAGACCAUCUCGGAGAAGAAGCGAGACAAGAUUUUAUUGAGCAAUCUACAUCUACUUCAGCAGGUGGUGCUGGCCCUGGCUACGAGCAAGAGCUCCAAGCCAGUGGUGCGACUUCCAGAGGAGGCCAUGAAGAUGGAGUCAGAUACACCCUGCUUCCAACGGAACCCUCUGCUGCGAUGUAUGUGAGCAACGAUUUGCUAGGCGACAGUAUUGGAGUGCCAUAUCCAGAGGCUCCCGGUGAUGGCACGCGAGUGCGACGGCUUCUUCCCGGUGUGUCUCCCUUCAGCGAUGGGACGUUGGAGGACGAGCUGAUCGUGGGGCGUUCUGCAGGAAGCAAGCAGCAUGUGGAAUUGGACGAUAAUGAGCCAGAGCGUGCUUCUGAUGUCGCGGCAGAAGAUGACAAUAGUGUCUUUUCUGUCGAUGUUGCAGACGACAAUGUGCCGCAGGUCGUUCGGAUUCGGGCUUCACUGAAGCGGCAGUUGCUUCAAGAGCGGGACCUCGACCUUCAGCCAUUGACCACAGCCAACUCUUCCCAAGCAGAAGCUUUAGGUCCAGCUAUAACAGCUUCUUCUAGCGAAGUUGAUGAUAUGGAUGAGAACAAAGCUAGAAACAAGAAAAACCCAUCAGAAUCAUCACACAUGGAUAGGCCAUCUUCGCGCAUACAGACCACUGCUGAUGUUGCCUCUGCAGACCCUACUGCGUCAUCACCGAAUAAAGCACGCGAAAGAAGCUCGCCAACAUCAGCGCUGGCUGCUCAGUACGCUGCUUUUUUGGGGGACGCCAUGAAUUCAGCCAAGACGGCAAUUUUUGAAGCACUAAAUCCGCUAGAUUCAGACUCUAGCGAUGACGAUGCUCAGCGGGGUCUGUUGUCGUCGUCCGCUGGGACGAGUGGAUUAACACAGAAGAAUACAACAAGCGGAAGCGCUGGCUCAUCUGCAAAUCAGAAAACUUCUUCUAGUCGUAGUGCGAGUAAAGAAGUAGUAGAGACGCCACUAGCUGUACGCGUCUCCUCUUCAUCGGGAGAUGGUCCAAAAGAACCAGUCAUGCCGGUCAGCAGUCCGCCGCCACUGCUUCCCGCUGAGACCACAGAAGGUGACACGCUCUUUUCAACCGCUUUGGAGAAUAUCGAGGGAAGUUCUUCAUGUGCUGACAAAAGUAACAACUACAAGUCAGGAGGAUCACCUCAUGCUCAACCACAGGCUCCUGAGGACCAACAGAACGAGAGAAGUGGCCUUCUGGAACGCGGGCACGCUGCACCAAUCGAUGAACAUCUGGUCGCGAUGGAUGAUUUCCUUGACUCCUAUACUGACCCAGUAGGUCCACCCGCGCAGGUUGUCAUGGAUCCUCCCGGCGAUUGGUCUCCGUGGAGUACGACAGCGUUAGCGAGGCCUGGCCCAAGCACGCGCACGAGUCCGUCGUCACGCGUACCCGCUGCAACUCCGGGCACUGGCUCGGUGCUCCUCCCAUCCGGUUCACGGCAGAACCUAGUUGUAGAUACUCAACUACAACAACAAAAGAUGAAGAUGAACUUGAACAGCAAGGGUCAACAACAACAAGAUGAGGACAACCUGGAACUGUUGGCGCAGUUGAAUGCUGUAGAAAUGGAAUCUGAGAGUCGCAUUUUGGAAGACUCAGAGGAGAAAGUCUCAGAAUGGAAGAUGAUGUUACUCGAAGACGAAGUCAGCCUGCACCGCAAACAGAAGCGAUUGGAAUAUGAAGAUCAGCCUGUGGCUUUCGAUCGCCUCUUUUACCAAUGCCACAUGCGUGAACCCGAAACAUUUUUCCGGCUGAAGAAAAAGGAGGCGGAAACGAAACCGGCCUCGGGCUUCAUGGGAAUAGUACAAUAUGAAAAUCCAUCAUCUCAAUACUGCUUCAUCAAGGACAUAAAGAUAAUUAUCCGGUUACUUACCACUUUUCACUCGUCGUAGUAUUGCUCUCAUCAUACAAUAAAUGAAAUACUUCUUGUUCUUGUAUGGUUAUCCCUAUCCCUAACGUCGAGCGGUGAGUGUUACUUGAUAGAUAUAUGCGAAUUUUUUAGUAAGCCUUCACCGUAUGGUGCUUAUGUUGAUCACAAAAAAUUCAAAACUAGAGGUUCUAGCUUCAUUGUUGCAUGCAGGUAAGCACGAUGAUGACGCCUGGGUCCAGUCGGCGGAGCGAUAGUGCGUCGAGCUCGCAGAAAGAGCGCGCGGAGUAUACUAUGGUGGAUGCCCGCGGGUUGCCCCGCCCUCUACGAGAAUGGGUCCCUUUAGAAGACCAGCAAGACGCCACACUAACGAUCCCGAUCGGGUACCAUCAAGCGUACCUUGAGCUCGUUGCGCCACUCCCGACAGAGCGGAAGACACGUUGGCUAUUGAAAAAUCAAGCAACAACAAGUGGAUCCCGGGUGUCGAUCACUCGCGUUACUUUUAUGUUAGAUGAACUUAAACAUCGCAUUAUUUUUUCAGGAAGUGUGACUCAUCUUCAUCGGCUGAGUGAGAAUAUGAAGUGAUUGAUUACGACCCCGUUGCAUUGAAGCCUAGUAUAAGUACGUAUAUACAACCAAUAUCAUAGAUAGAUACAUUAUACCUAGUGCAGUUCACAUAUGUAUCGGGUAUCCAUAGAUAUCUUCAUCUUCUUGUUUUCAAUUUUCAUCUUCCCUUUCCCGCCCGUCAUAUCUUUCCCCUGCUUCAUUUUUGCGAACAUCAGUCCGGGUGUUGAUGCCAAAGAGAAAAGCUACCAAUUGGCCAGCGCACAUGAAUCGCAUCGCCUAGCGAGCAAGUUGGGUAUGCUGUUGGCGUGAUGUCGAAUGCAGACCGCGAUGUUCUUAAGCACUUACUACAUGAGGAUGUAUGAUGAAGAGUCUGGUGCUGUUGUUAUGCUGAUGUAUGGUAUACGUAGCUACUCCGGUGAAUAACACUUCGAAGAGGAAGACGUAAGUGGUUUUAUUUCAAAAACGACCUUAGAAGUCUGUCAGGUACAAACACUCCUUUUUCAAGGAUACUGCGUCUUGUAAUAUCGUUGACGCAUGUUCAAUCAUACCAUUAUAGUUGUUCUUUGCAGUAGCACCACUGAAUUUUUGUGUAUUUGUCGAUUGCGAAAUUCCUUCACGAGAAGCUGUCCGUCUGUUGGAUCUCAACAUGAUUUUGUAGGACUUCUUCGACCUGUUUGUUUGAAAAAAUGUGAUUUAUAAAGUAGAAUAUAAUACUCAUUCGAUUUCAUCGGUUGCGAAUCUACCCCCAGCAAACCCUGUCGGGAUUUUUGGUAUGGACCGGUUGAUACCGUUCUUUUGUCUUGUUCACUUUCGUCUGCGAGGGUACUGCGGGGGCUGUGCUAGAAGCACGCCGGGUUGCACCAUAUAUGGACGCAUGUCACGACUAUUUUUGGAAGUUUCAAUUAUUUAAGAUCAAGACGAACUCAAGAUUCUAAUUCUUGCCUUCGCACAAAAUUUUCGUUCAGCAAUAGAUUUCGAUCAAAUCACAUGUACUCAUUCUGUAGUUGUUGUGUUAGAAGAGAAUUUUAGUAGUACAUAAUCUACUUCAUAUUUAUAUAUAACGGUGGCGAGAGCGAGAAGAUAGAGAUGAACAGUAAAGCCAGAAUAGUCGUAGGGAAAAUGAAGUCCGCAUAGUAACUACUCGUCAUUACUUAGCAUUCCAUAUGAACAGUGGUCAUGUGAUGCUAUGAUUCUUGAACCUGAAAUAGUGGUGAAGAUUAAAACUUGUGCAUUAUCCACAGAGCACAUUUUUGUAGAAUCAACGGGGUCCAGUUUUUUAGCAGCGGUCGGAAAUUUCUUCGCCAACAUGAAUGCGAGAAAGGUAAGAAGACGAAGAUCAAAUACACUCGCUGCUAGUACAGCGAAGGAAUGGGAAUACUAGGUACUGAGAACGUAAAGAAGUCCCUACUUAAGUACUUACUUACUUAAGAAUAUUAUGAAGAGUUGUACAUGCAAUGUUAAUAGAAAUGACUGAAUGUUGUUGGCACGGCUGAAGUUGUUCAUGAAGAUUGAUCUUUUUGUUGGAUGGGUAGCAUAAGCAUACGUCGUACUAGUCACUAGUAGUGCCCAUUCUAUCUUGAAGAUGUUUUUGAGGGGACACGUCAUAUCAUGAAUGUCCGGCGUUUGCGAAACCUAAACUCCAAAUAACACAUUUCGUACUACUGCAGCAAGCUCGAAGGAAUGAGACGUUCAACAUAUAUGAUAUAUCCAGGUUGCAAAAAUGAUAAACAUAAAUAGAACACAUUAUCUUCAUCAUCAACAUCAGCUUCCUUACACAAAGGUUGUUUACAACUCCUUGUUGCAACGAGAAAACCUCGCUUAGCCUGCGUUUAGUACUCGUGGUGGGGAUUCUUCGCAAACGGCAUGCUGCCGUUCUGUGUCGAGGCGGCAUGCAUAAUGCGGUAAUGGGCGUUCUGUUAUUUACAACAACUUCGGUACACCGCUACGGCCACCGCGGACAGCAGGAGCAAGGUUAUUACAUUUUCGGUCUUCUCUAUUUUCUGCGGUGGGACUAGGAUCCUCUAUCUGUAUGAGCUCGACAGUGCUAAUGUCAUAGAGAUUCAAAUGCGUCAUCCCCGUGUUCUUGUUCUAGGCAAAGAUACCCUCUAUAUUGAUUUCAC